GGCGGAACUACCCAACCAUGGCCGAUGCAUUAUCGCGCCUGCAAACAGCGCAGGCCUUGUGCAAGCCCCGGCGCCCUAGAGCAGCGUUUGCCUCCCACAUGGGGUGAUGUCUCCACCGACAUCUGCACAUCCCAGUUGUGUUCGCCAAUCCCCCCCCCGACAUCUGAUCUCACUUCCUCUGAGGGCGGGGCGCCGAAGACCCGGAUAAAAGAGUGGCGAGGGCGGAGCGGCAGGAUCUCUCCUGAGUCACAUAGGCAUUGAGGGGCUCAGCAUGGCCAGCACCUUUCCUAAGCCAGAGGAAAAGGCUCUCCAGGCCUUGCGAGAUGUAGCCAAUCGCCUGCGGAUUCACUCCAUUCGUGCAACCUGCGCCUCGGGCUCUGGCCAUCCGACAUCAUGCUGCAGUGCUGCAGAGAUCAUGUCUGUGCUGUUCUUUCAUGCUAUGCGCUACAAGCAUGAAGAGCCAGGCCACCCCAGCAAUGACCGUUUUGUGCUUUCUAAGGGCCAUGCUGCACCUGUGCUCUACGCUGCAUGGGCUGAGGCUGGCUACAUCAAAGAGCCAGAGCUGCUGAAACUCAGGAAGAUAGACUGUGACCUGGAAGGCCACCCAACUCCUAGGCUUCCUUUUGUGGAUGUGGCCACUGGUUCACUAGGCCAGGGCCUGGGAGCGGCCUGCGGAAUGGCUUAUACAGGCAAAUACUUUGAUAAGUCCAGUUACCGAGUAUACUGUUUGCUGGGUGAUGGUGAAUCUUCAGAGGGGUCUGUGUGGGAAGCCCUCCAGUUUGGAUCCCACUACCAACUGGACAAUUUGGUGGCCAUCUUUGAUAUCAACCGGCUGGGACAAAGUGAAGCAGCACCACUGCGCCAUGACACUGAUAUCUAUCGCAAGCGUUGUGAAGCCUUUGGGUGGAAUACUUAUGUUGUGGAUGGUCAUGAUGUAGAAGAACUGUGUGGGGCGCUGUGGCAAGCAAGUCAGCAGAAGGGAAAGCCCACGGCUGUUAUAGCAAAAACAUUCAAAGGACGAGGAAUUCCAGGUGUGGAGGAUGCUGAUAACUGGCAUGGAAAGCCGAUGCCAAAGGACAAAGUGGACUCCAUCAUCAGCACUAUUGAAGGUCAAAUACAGACUAAUAAAGUGUUGCCUAUCCACCCACCCACUCAAGAUGUGCCGCAGAUCAACAUUGGGGAUAUUAAAAUGCCUUCUCCGCCUGCCUUCAAAAUUGGGGAAAAGGUGGCCACCCGUAAAGCUUACGGUUUAGCCCUGGCAAAACUAGGAAAUGCUAACAACCGUGUGGUUGUCUUGGAUGGAGACACUAAGAACUCUACUUUCGCAGACAUCUUCAAGCAGGCACAUCCAGACCGUUAUAUAGAGUGUUACAUAGCUGAGCAGAACAUGGUCAGUGUCGCAUUAGGCUGUGCAGCAAGGAACCGCACCAUUGCAUUUGCCAGCACUUUUGCUGCCUUCUUUACCCGUGCAUUUGACCAUAUUCGGAUGGGUGCCAUCUCCCAAGGAAAUAUUAACCUUUGUGGCUCCCAUGCUGGGGUAUCGAUAGGUGAGGAUGGACCUUCUCAGAUGGCCUUAGAAGACAUAGCUAUGUUCAGAACUAUUCCAGGUUGCACAGUGUUCUACCCAAGUGAUGCUGUUUCUACUGAACACGCCGUCUGUUUGGCAGCGAAUACCAAGGGGAUUUGCUUCAUCCGAACCAGUCGUCCAGAGACUCCUGUCUUGUAUUCCCAGGAGGAAAAAUUUGGAAUUGGCCAGGCCAAAGUUGUGCGUAAGAAUGAUGGUGACCGGGUUACUGUUAUUGGUGCAGGUGUCACACUUCAUGAAGCCCUUGCAGCUGCUGAUGAGCUGGCCAAACAAGGCAUCCAUAUCCGGGUAAUUGAUCCCUUUACUAUCAAACCCUUGGAUGCUGAAACCAUAAUCUCUAAUGCCAGAGCCACAGGGGGGCGUAUCAUCACAGUUGAAGAUCACUACAAAGAAGGAGGCAUUGGUGAAGCUGUGGCAGCUGUUGUCUCCGGAGAGCCUGGUAUCUUAGUCCAGAGCCUGGCUGUGUCAGGUGUACCACGGAGUGGAAAACCAGCUGAACUCCUCGAUCUGUUUGGCAUCAGUUCAAAGAGCAUCAUAGCAGCUGUAAAGAGCACCUUUGCCAACUGAUAUAGGGGCUGAUAUAUUCAGGGCUGAUGGUUAUGGAGUUGUGAAAAAUGGAUUCUCAAGACAGAGGUGCCAGCUGCUUGCUUUGGUGGGGGAGAAAUUCUUAAACUUCCCCUUUAGUUUGCUUCCCUUUUCAGUGGUAACAGAUAAGCUGCUGUUAACAUUCCCUCCAUGAUCUUUAACCUUGUUUUGAAAAGCAGCUUUUGAAAAAUUAACCAAGUUACAUCUUCCACCUUCCAUUCAUCAUCUACUUGCAUAUUAAGUGGGCACAAAAGUCUCUAGGUAAUUCUGUGUGGACCAGUUAGUCAUUGUCUUACCUGAAUUUGUGGGCACCUUCUGCUGUGCCUAGCUUCUACCCUACUUGGUUUUCCUCUUUCAGGCCUGACAUUCCAGGGCCAUGUUGGGUAGACAUUCCAUGGACUGUCUCCUACCAAGAGGCAUUGACACACAAUUAGUCCUUGCCUAUUGAAUGUAACUGGAUCUCCCACAACAGUUGACUAAAUUGCUUGUAUUAAUGGUAUUGUCUUAGGACUGAAUGUGACCAAAAUUACUUUUCCUGUUUGAUGUAUACCUGUAAUAUUGCCGUUCAGUGUUCAGCCAAUAGAUCAAUUAAAAUAAAACUUGAAUUGCUAACUUAA